AUGCAAUCAACCAAAAUGAUAUUUAAUUCCUAUAAUAAUAAACAAUCAAAUCCUCCCCCUCCUCAUUCUCCAACAAAUAGACCUAUUAUUCCAAUUCUUCCCAACAAUAAUCAAUUCCAUCCUACUAAUAUUACUAAUAAUAAUGGACAAACCUAUAAUAAUAAUAAUAAUAUUUUUCCAAUUCCGUCACCAAAUCAUAAGCCUGUAAAUAUAAUGGUAAAUCCAUUCCAAUCACCACCAAUCAAUUCAAUAAAUAGUACAGAUUCAACACCAUCAAUGUCACCAAAAAGGGAAACAAGUCCAUUGCCACAUAGAAAUCCAGUUGCCCCCCCACCAUCACCAUCAAUGAAUCAUGUCAACUCACUUCAUCCACACAGUCAAAACCAUAGAAAUCUGUCUCAGAGUUGUCCAAAUACUCCUACCCUUAUUCCAUAUCCACUUAGUCCACCAUUGACCCCAGCCUUGCAUCCAAACACUAGCACCACCAACAAUGGCAAAAAAGAAAAUCAUCCUUGUACUCUAAAAUCAUGUCGAAUGUAUAUGCUCAGUCAUAGCAAGGACUUGUUUGAAAGUGGAAUGGACCAUUUCAGACAGAAUGGUUAUUGGAAAUUAAAACAAGAUAAUGAUCCAUGGGAAAUGAAAAAAGAAAAGGUAUCCAGGAAAUCUUCAAUCCCAGGUCGAGGUGAAAAAAGAAAAAAAAUUAAAGAAUCAAGUAAUAAUGAAUCUUGGGAUCUAGAAAUUCCUUCUCAUCAAUUGCAUUGUGAAAAAGAGAAAUUAUUACAUUCUGUUGAGGAUUUGAAAACAUUGUUACAUCAUUUUAAUGGAUUAAUUGAAAAACAUAAAUCUUUAGUUAAUCAUAAUAAUAAUAAUAAUAAUCAUAGUAAUAAUGAAUUAUUACCAAGUCCAUUAUCAUCAUCUCCUUCAAAAAAAACUACAACAACAACAACAACAGGAAAGACAACAUCUGGAGAAGAAUGGAAUCAUUUAGUUGCUACCUAUCACCAAAUUGAAGAGACUUUUGACAAAUUAAAUUCAAUGGACAAUUGUGAAGGUGAUGGAGGAGGAGGGGGAUCACCAAAACAAUACUCUCAACAAUCUUGUUCCCCAUUAAAUCUUGCCACACCUACAAUGGGACCAAUGCCUAGCAGCUCGUCAAUAAGUGGAGAUAGUCAAACAUCCACUAUAUCUGUUUUUUCAUCUCCACCACCCUCCCAACUAAGUUUGGAAUCUGUCUGUUCAUCAUCGUCUUCAUCUUCUUCAUCUCCACCUACCUUCCAACCUCCAAAAUUAUUACCAUCUAUACAACAUCAACAAUCAAAGUCGUCAAUGUCCAUUACAGCUUUAAUACAGGAUAGAAACUAA